CAAGAGACUCUGAUACCAUACGUAAACUUUACGUUUUAAAAUGAAGCUAGCAUUGGAUAAGAUCCGUCGCGGAAGAAAGCCCACCGUCAAAAGCUGCUCUUCCCAUCGCGAACCCGAUCGUUCACGCCAUGGCCGUCACGCCGGCGCCUCCUAACCGUCCGUCGCCGCCUGGGCCAGCAGAGAAGAGAUUCCUUCGCCGAUCCCUGCGCUUCUUUCUCGCCGCUAAUAUCGCCUUCGGAGUAUAUGCCCUCUUGACAACAUCAAAGAAAGAGCCAUCCGAGAAGGAGGGGGAAGAAGCUGCGAAAAUGGUUCCUGCUGCUUCUGUCACCCUUGAACCUGCAACUCCUGAUAAGAAAACGGUGGUUGCAACCGUUACACCUCCAACCGAGGUGCUGCCUCCGAUCACAGAGCAGGAGCAACGAGAGCUAUUUGAAUGGAUUCUCGAGGAAAAGAGAAAGGUCAAACCGAAUACUCUGGAUGAGAAGAAGAAAAUUGAAGAGGAGAAAGCUCUCCUCAAGCAGCUCAUCCGAGCCAAGUCUAUUCCCAGCAUCUAUGAGCCUCAUAUUUCUUGAAUCCAUGGAUUGGAGGAUGUUAUGCUGCAAACUCUCUCUGUGACUGUAUUCCGACUGUUAUUUUCAUAUCGAUCCUGUCCGAAAGCGUGAAGUUAAAAAAUUAGGAGGUGACGACUACGUUAACCGGUUGUGGACCUCGCUCUUCUCUGUAAAACAAUUAACAUCAUUGUCAAGUCAGGGAAGGGGUCCCCGACGUUGGCCUUUCGACGCUCAAGUCAGUCAUCGGAAAAUGUGGAGAAGUAGAGCAACAAUAGCACUAUGCACAAACAGUAGAUAAUGCGUACCUUCGUCGGUGAUGGACCCUCUUUAUAUAGAGUCCUGGUAGUAACAUGCGCGCUUCUCAAGGCAUGAGCACGUUCUCCCAUGUGUCCCAUGAAAAGUCUUUGUCAGGAAAGUACCUUUGACAACAUACCUUAACAGGGCAUGCUAUCCAUGACAUGAUAGUAGGAGUUUUUGUCGUAUGAUUUGUCUGUCGACCAUGCCUCGUGUUAGUGACACCAUCUCCCAAAAGGAUGUCAAGAGAUACUACAGUGGUCUCGUUGCUUGGCUGAGCGAGCUAGCCGCUCGACCGGGACUCCGCUAGACCGAGACUUCGCUCGAUCGGGACUUCGCUCGAUCGGGACUUCGCUCCGUCCAUGGCUAGGUCCUGUUGCUAGGCUGAGCGGGGUAGCCGUUCGGCUGAGACUCUUCCGCUUUGUCGGCCUCCGUGGUUCUUCUAUGCGGUGACCAUGUAGUAAUAUAUUUUUCCCCGUUCAGACCAACUAUAUGGUCUCCCUUAACGUUCUGCUGUUCCGUAUUGAGCGUCGACUGUCUUGCAUAUCAUCCCGAGCCGGAAUGGGGGUUGGCUCGGACCCAUCUUCUGUCGGUUGGGGCCUGAUCGCCCGACGACCAUUGUAAUUGUCCUUUGUUUGACCCUUUAACACCCGGGUGUUGACCACCUUGACUUUGACCUCCACCCUAGCAGUUGAUCUCGUGCCAGGUAGGCCUCCCUCCAUCGCCGCAUCACAAGACUCUCUCUCAAGUCUAGUCGAAGGAGGCUGCAAGUCCGACUGACUGGACUAGUAGAAUCUUCGAUGGCUUCCACGCCUUUGCCGUUCGGCUUCACAUUGCCAGAUUGGGUAUACAAUCGCCUCGGCCCAAGUCCUUCGAAGUAAACUGUGCUUCAGCCGUUCGGCUAUGUGAUAAUCGCUUAUCUGUGCCGCUCGGGCAAUGGGCGGCAACACUUGGCGAAACAAUUCCUUUUCCUUUUCUUGUGCUCCUCGGCCGAGUGCCCUGACGUCAUCCAGAUUUCUUGAAAAUCGUACAAAUCUCUGAUCAUUAUGGUUGAGCACGCGACCAUACUUUUAAUUAAGCCUCAUUAAUGUCGUCUGGUGAUUGAGCGCCACGUGCCCUCCUUUUUGUCGUCACACGUUUGACGUGAGAGUUGGAUAUCCGCUGGCGACGUGAUAGGCGACUUUUCGAAUUCGACGGCUAGAUCUUCGCCUAGUUUUUCACAACCCUAGAUCGGACGAUCGACCGUGAGGUUUAUAAACCCCGCGUGCUUCGCCGUCUUCCUCACAUCGCGUGCCUUCGUCUUCGAGCUUCCUGGCGACGUUUCGCUUCUUCUACUUCUCCGGCGAUCCUUCCUGUAAGACUCUUCAUCUUUGCAUUCAAAUCUCUUCGUUGUUCUUCGUCAUCCUCCUUGUUUUCAAUGGCAAGCUCCUCACAACCCCCCGCUCCUAUCCCUGGACCCUGGUAUACUUCCACCGAGUCUAGGUUCGACGGGGGCGACGUUGAAAGCUUGAAAUCUGCUUAUGAGUUUUCCCCCGACUAUCAAAUUGGUCUUCCUUCCGCGUUUAAUCGGUCGCAUGAACCACCGCCCGAUUUUUUAUGCUUCUUUAGGGACUAGUUCACCGUCAGUCUGCGGUUCCUAGUCCACCUUUUUUUUCACAGUUUGUAAAUAUUUUCAUAUUUCUCUUCAUCAAUUAGUGUCGAACUCCUUUCGGCUACUGUGCGGGGUUGUUGUCCUGUUCCGCCUGCACAACAUUCCUCUGACUCUUCGGCUCUUCCAUUAUUUCUAUUAUCCAAAAUUGUUCGAGCCGGAGACUUUUCUCUUCCAAUCCCGAGUGGGCUUAGUCUUCUUUGAUAAAAUGUCAUCCUCCAACAAGCACUAGAGAAACUACUUUUUUUUGUACGUUUUCCCGAGCGACCAGAUUUCCUGACCAGUUGGCAGCUAGAAGUGCCAAACCCUCCGGAGCUCAAGAAGUACAAGAGUUGAUCGGACUACCUCCACGCAACUUUAAGCUUGGCUGGUCAUAAGUACCAUAUCCACAAGUUGCUGUUGGAGGACGUCCUCUACGUGUUCGGCUUGAGCCCGAUCCGCAUGAAGCUUCCGUUCAGCCUAGAUAUGCUCUUUCUUCUCCCAACCUUUGAAUCUAACUGAUUUUUUCUCCUUUUGUGCAGCUCGAAUCAUGUUGUAAGCGCGUCUGGCCGACAAGUGCAAGCUCGUGGACGCAAAGAUCUAUGACUGUGGCUGAGCUGGAGAGACGUGGCUUGCAGCCGGUCAACUCCAACAAAGAUCCGCUCGGCGACGAGGAGGGAACACAAGUGUUGGGGAAUGGAGGUGGAGCUAGCCAGACGGCAGCCAGUGGAGCAGCAACUACUGCUAACCUUCCUCCGGAAUGACCGUCAAUGGUCCUUAUCGCGGUCGCCUCAGAGUCAGUCGCUUUCGACGAACCCCUACGACAACGCAAGAGACGCCGAGUAGAAGGAUCUUCCCGAUCUACGACUUCGACCCUGCAGACCCCAACUUCGGCCGUCUCCCGACCCUCCUCCGAGCGGGGUGAGACCUCGCUUCUGCCUCUCGAGCAGGGAAUUGUGGAACUCCCUCCGUCCAUAUAAUCCGACCGGACACCAUCGUCAUCCGAGCUGCCUCAAGGGAUGAUUUACGCGUCGCUGAUUGCAUUCAUACCAUCGCCUUUGCCAGCGGCAUAGGUAUCCCGCAUCCAACCAGUUUCAGCAUCUCGGUCUUCUGGCAGGGCGACUUCAGACUCCUCUAGCUCGAGUAGCCAGAGGCAAAUAACGACAAUCAUCCAUUUGCCCACGGACAAGUAUCGCAGCGCAGACGCCCCAACGCCCCUCACCCCCAUGUAUUAGAUCAGGAUUCAAUGGUCGCUCGCACCGAUAUGGGCCAAUGCUCGGGCUCACGCGACAGUCAUCUCUCCAAGGGAUCUCACCAACAGUCACACCCAGAUGUUCAUUGGGGUAUGUAUGCUGCUUUUAUAUUUACUUUUCAUCCGUUCGACUCUUACACAUUUCUUGUUGCUCUAGUUUUAGGUUGAGAGUCUAACCAUGUGCCACGGCCUCACUUAUUUGGAGCACGAAGUCCAGCAGUUACGUGCUUCGAGCGGCCAAUCUGCCGCUUCACAAGCGCAAGUGGAGUAGAUGAGCGUCGAUAAGGGCUAAUCUGAAUAAGAGCUCCGAGUUGCUGGAAGCAAAGAGGGGCAAAAGCGUUGAGCAGGCUACACAAUUGGCUCGACUUAAUAAGCAAACCACCUCCUUUGAGGCGAAGAUCGACUCGGCCAACACUAGGAAGCUUCGGGCAAUCGAAGACCUGGAAAUCAAGAAUAAAGAGUUUCGGGUGUUGGCUCAUAACUUGAAGGAGGCGGAGGCUUCGCUGAACGCCGAGCAAGAAGGCAGGUCGGCCGAUCGGUCUACAGCGGAAGCCCAACUUGACGCCAAGGAUGAGGAGCUGACCAAGUUGAAGGCGGGGCUGGAGGCAUCCCGAGCAACCCUCGAGACUUAUCAUGAUGGUGAGUCCAACCGGUUUGAGCUCAUGAAGCGGGCCUACCUCCGCUCAGACACCUUCAAUGACAAGGUCACUGAUCGGGCGCUCCGUCUUUUCAACCUUGCCAUCGAUGGGACACUCGACCAACUGAAGAGCAACGGCCAUAUUCUGACCAUCCUGACGAACAAGGUCAUCAGCUAGGACAAGAUGACUGAAUCGAUGUCCGACGAUGUGCUCGACUACCUCGAGUGAGCCUACUCCUGCAUACCUUAUUUUUUGUAUUACCCUUCCGACCUUGUAAAAACUAUGCAAGUGUUAAUGAAUGGUCUUGACCCACCGGUCGACGUCGUACUACUCGCUUGUAGGGAUGUAAACGAGCCGAACCGAGCCGAACAGUAUCAGGCUUGAGCUCGGCUUGUUUAAGUUAUA